AUUUCCUUCUCCUCCUUUCUCUAAUAUCGCGGGUUCUAUUCGACCAGAAAAGUGAGCCUGUAAUACUCAUGUCCAAUUAAAAUAAGAUACUAUUCUUACACGUUAGUUAUGAUUGGUUGCUGGCGGUGAUAUAUGUAUAGAUGUGCAAUUUCUGCUGAACUAUGGGGCGGGACGAAGCAGAAUGGUGUUUAUUCAGGAAUAGACUAAAGACGUACGUACCUCUUCGUACUGAUGGAUUACCUUAAACACCAGAAAAGUUUCCAUUGAACGAAGAAUACGUUCACCAGAUAACGUUACCAAACCUUUAGAGAAUUCUUGAACUGGCUUCAAGUUUCAGUCACGAUACCCAGCAAAGUAAAGGGCGAUAUGCCACAUCAGGAAGCUUUUUAGAAGUGAAGUGAUGGAAUUGAUGGAGCCCAUGGCUGUGAGCACCUCAGUGGUCGGGCCGGAUGAGUUCAACCGCAACAUGCCGCGCAUCUGUGGCGUCUGCGGCGACAAGGCCACCGGCUUCCACUUCAACGCCAUGACCUGCGAGGGCUGCAAGGGCUUCUUCAGACGCAGCAUGAAGCGUAAGGCCAGUUUCACCUGCCCCUUCAACGGCAGCUGCUCCAUCACCAAGGACAACCGUCGCCACUGCCAGGCCUGCCGGCUCAAAUGCUGCGUGGACAUGGGUAUGAUGAAGGAGUUCAUCCUGACAGAUGAGGAGGUGCAGAGGAAGAAGGAUCUGAUCCAGAAGAGGAAGGAGGAGGAGGCGGCGAGGGAGGCCCUGAGACCAAGGCUUAAUGACGAGCAGAGCCAGGUCAUCGCAUCAUUGGUGGAGGCACACCACAAGACCUACGAUGACUCCUACUCCGACUUCUCACGCUUCAGGCCCCCGGGGCGAGACGGGCCAGUAACACGCAGUGCCAGUCGUGCAGCCUCCCUUCACUCGCUGUCAGAUGCCUCCUCAGACUCCUUCAACCACUCACCAGAGUCGGUGGACACCAAGCUGAUGAAAUUCAGCAGUCUGUUGAUGAUGUACCAGGACAGUGCAGGCAGCCCGGACUCCAGUGAGGACGAUGGCUCCAAGCUCUCCAUGUUACCUCACCUGGCUGACCUGGUCAGUUACAGCAUCCAGAAGGUCAUUGGCUUCGCUAAGAUGAUCCCUGGCUUCAGAGGGCUGACUGCUGAGGACCAGAUCGCACUGCUCAAGUCAAGUGCCAUCGAGAUCAUUAUGCUACGCUCCAACCAGUCUUUCAACAUAGAGGAUAUGUCCUGGAGCUGUGGUGGUAGCCCUGACUUCAAGUACUGCAUCACCGACGUCACCAAGGCGGGUCACACUCUGGACCUGUUGGAGCCGCUAGUGAAGUUCCAGGUGGGCCUGAAGAAACUCCAGCUCCAUGAGGAGGAACACGUGCUGCUCAUGGCCAUCUGCCUGCUGUCUCCAGAUCGUCCAGGGGUGCAGGACCACGCUAAGAUCGAGGAUCUCCAGGACAGUCUGUCAGAGGUGCUCCAGGCCUACAUCAGGGUGAACCACCCGGGAGGACGGCUGCUCUACGCCAGAAUGAUCCAGAAGCUGGCCGACCUGCGCAGCCUCAACGAGGAGCACUCCAAACAGUACCGCUCGCUGUCCUUCCAGCCCGAGCACAGCAUGCUGCUCACCCCGCUGGUGCUGGAGGUAUUUGGGAGCGAGGUGUCCUAGCAGCCACGCCGACCCCCACCACCACACCUCUGAUUGGAAGAUAUGGACAGACGAUCCCUCCCGUGAGGACCCCCGGGAGUUAAUUUGUUGAGUUGCUGGAUAGAGGGCUCAGCGAUGGGGGUGAUGGAAGGGUCUCUGAGAGGGAAUAGCGGAAUGGACCGGAAAGUCACACUGUCACAGAAAAGGUUUUGUUGGGUUAAUCAGGGUAUUAUGGAUAAAUAGAGGAGGAAGGGGCUUCGAUAAGGUUGUAAUUUCCCGUUCAUAAGAAAAAGGCAAUUUCAAACAGAAUGUAUUUAUAACUAAACUAUAAAUAUACAGUACCAGUCAAAAGUUUGGACACACCUACUCAUUCAAGGGUUUUUCUUUAUUUUUACUAUUUUCUACAUUGUAAAACAAUAGUGAAUACAUCAAAACCAUGAAAUAACACAUAUGGAAUCAUGUACUAACCAAAAUAAUGUUAAACAAAUAAAACAUAUAUUUUAUUCUUUAGAUUCUUCCAAGUAUUCAGGUGACCCUUUGCCUUGAUGACAGCUUUGCACACUCUUGGCAUACUCUCAACCGGCGUCACCUGGAAUGCUUUUCCAGCAGUCUUGAAAUAGUUCCUACAUAUGCUGAGCAUUUGUUGGCUGCUUUU